UGCUCGGGUUCUUUCAAGACUUGUCAAAAAACGCAAAGUGCUGCGUGGUGAAAGUUUUUCUAACGAAAAAUUACUGAAUUCGCCAGAAACAGGAGUACAUUAGUGCAAAAUCGAAUCAAAAGUAACUGAGAAGCUACCGACGCAUCGAAUGCCAACAUGUCCCGAUACAUGCAGCGACCGGAAAACGCCCUGAAGCGCGCGAAUGAAUUCAUCGAGGUGGGUAAACCCGCUCGGGCUUUGGAUACCCUGCAGGAAGUAUUCCGUAUUAAAAAAUGGACUUAUACAUGGUCGGAAUCGGUUAUCGAACCAAUCAUGUUCAAGUAUCUGGACCUUUGUGUGGAAUUAAAGAAGUCGCACAUUGCCAAGGAAGGUCUCUUCCAGUACCGCAACAUGUUCCAACUUGUGAAUGUCGGAUCACUGGAGAAUGUAAUCCGUGGUUAUCUGAAGAUGGCAGAAGAGCGCACGGAAGCCGCUCAGCAGCAGUCAUCGCAGGCAAUUCUGGAGAUCGAUGACGAUUUGGACAACUUGGCCACGCCGGAGUCGAUUUUGAUGAGUGCCGUGUGUGGUGAAGAUGCCCAGGAUCGCUCGGAUAGAACGAUUCUAUUGCCAUGGGUAAAAUUUCUCUGGGAAAGUUAUUGCCAGUGUUUGGAGUUGUUGAAGGUCAAUUCCCAUUGUGAGAAUUUGUACCACGACAUUGCAAAAAUGGCAUUCCAGUUUUGCUUGAAGUAUAAUCGUAAGAUGGAAUUUCGAAAAUUGUGCGAGAAACUAAGAAAGCACUUGGAGGACAUCAGCAAGGUUAGUUCGCAGACGGCAAAUGUCAGUAUUUCGAAACCUGAGACGCAGCAGUUGAAUCUGGAUACUCGUCUCCAUCAGCUGGACUGUGCCAUCCAGAUGGAACUGUGGCUUGAAGCUUAUAAGGCAAUCGAGGAUAUACACGGGCUGAUGUCUCUCUCGAAGAAAACUCCGAUGCCGAAAACAAUGGCGCUGUACUAUCAGAAAUUGGCUAUGGUUUUCUGGAAGGCUGGAAACCAAUUAUUCCAUGCUGCGGCUUUGCUUAAAUUGUUUCAACUUUCUCGCGAUAUGAAAAAGAAUGUCACCCAGGAAGAAAUACAACGAAUGACGUCACAUGUGUUGAUUGCGACGCUGGCCAUUCCGCUUCCGUCGGCUCAUCCGGAGUUUGAUCGCUUUAUUGAAACGGACAAAAGUCCACUGGAGAAAGCUCAGAAGUUGGCUGUUUUGUUGGGUUUACAGCAGCCACCAUCGCGUGCUUCUCUGCUGAAGGAACUUUUGCGUUUGAACGUUCUACAACUAGCCGCUCCGCAAUUCCAGAAUUUGCAUCGUUGGCUAGAGAUUGAAUUCGAUCCACUGAAUCUGUGCACUCAUGUUCAGGGUGUUAUCGAAGAAAUUACGGCCGACGAGAACAGUCCAUAUACGCAAUAUUCUCAAGCUCUCCAGGACGUUACUCUGGUACGACUGGUUCGUCAAGUGUCUCAGGUUUAUCAAUCCAUUGAAUUUUCACGUUUCCUGGCGUUGGCCAAAUUUGCCAAUAGUUUUUACUUGGAACGCAUUUUGGUCGAUUGCGUCCGUCAUAAUGAUAUGCAAAUCACGAUUGACCAUCGCAACCAUAGCGUCCAUUUCGGGACGGAUUUGAGCGAGAGUCAACGGGAAGAUCAUCCGGAUGGACCGACACUCCAGUCGAUGCCCUCGGAGCAGGUUCGUUCGCAACUGGUCAACAUGUCGGUAGUUUUGCACCGAGCGAUUGCUGCUAUAAAUCCCAACCGAAAGAAGGGUGACCGGGAAAGGUUGCGGACGCAGAUGGUGAAACACUACGAAGAAAACAUGGUCAAAGAGCAUCAACGCAUUCUGCAGCGACAGAAGAAGAUUGAAGAUCGCAAGGAAUACAUCGAGCGAGUCAAUUUGAAGCGAGAAGAGGAAGAGCUCAGACAGCAGGAGGAAGCCGCUCGACAGCAGAAACUUGCCGAAAUGAAACGACUGGAGAUAGAAAACGAGGAACGCGAGAGAAAGCGACACGAGAAUGAAAUUCAGAUGAUAAAAGAGCGUAACAUGAAGGACAAGAUCGAUCAGAUUAAGCAGACCGCCAGCGGUCAGAAGAUGUUGAAGAAAUACGACGAAGAAGAUAUUAAAAAAAUGAACGCCGAAGAAAUUGCCGCACGGGAGGCAGAGGAACGGGUGAAGGAACGCAAGGCACAUGAUAAUAACUUGAAAUCGCAGGAAAAGAAGAUCGACUACUUUGAACGGGCAAAACGACUGGAAGAAAUUCCGCUCAUCGAGAAAUACUUGGAGAACAAAUUGGUCCAGGAUAAAGAGUUUUGGGAAAAGCAGGAAGCAACGCGCAUAGAAGCGGCCAUCGCCGAGCGAAAGAAUGCGGAAGCAGUUCAGGAACGUUUGCGCCGCAUGUUGCCUGACAGGGAGAUAUUCUGGCAGAAACUGAAGGGCGAACGAAGUAAUCAAUUUGCCGAAAAGUUGAAGGCUUUCAACGUCGAGUUGGAAGAAGAGCGAAGACGUCGUCUGCAAGAGCGGGUUAUACAACGACGCGAAGAGCGCCGUCAGCGAUGGAUUAGGGAGAAAGAGGAGGAGCGUCGUCGAGUCGAGGAAGAGCUUCGCAAGCAGAAGGAAGAGGAGGAACGCAUCGAACGCGAACGACGAGCCGAAGAGCGAAGGAUAGAAGCGGAGAAAAAUAAAGCGGCGUUGGAAAAACAACGCGCCAAAGAAGAGGAAGUUGAUAGAAAGUUGGAGGAAGAAAAGGAACGGCUCAGGGAUUCCUGGAGAGAUAAAAGAAAUGAAGUUUCAUCGUCAGCGGCAGGCUCGGCAGCAACGGCUGCAGCUGGCACAGCGGCAUCUGCUGAGUCUGGACAUCAAGAACCUCCUAAAAAGGAAGGCAUCUAUCAACCUCGCUUCCGGGAAGGUCGCGGUGCUGCUGCUGCUGCUUCAGGAGCUGGUUCUGAUAGGAGACCUGCAGGUGAUGAUGCAUAUAAAUGGCGACGUAGGGGCCCUGACGAUGACGCUAGAGAAGAUCGUGAUGGCCCUCGUCGUGGCGGAGACGACCGUGGUCCUAUUCGUCGUGGAGGAGACGAUCGCGAUGAUCGUGGACCGAUGCGACGUGGUGAUCGUGACGAGCGAGAUGAUCGUGGUCCAAUGAGACGAAUGGAUCGUCCACCGAUGCGCGAUGGAGACCGCACCGGUGGUGGAGGACUGCGACGCGAUGGUGAUCGUGACCGAGGUGAUCGACGGGACUUUGGCGGCGGCCGUGAUAGACGCGAUGAUCGUGGAGGUCCACGUCGCGACGGGGAUCGAGACAACAUGUGGCGUACGGGACAGGAUGAACGGCGUGUUGGUGGACGUGGAGACGACUCGGGUGGCAGCUGGAGAGCUCGACAGGAACCGGCUCCCAAACCGAAAGAUGAUCGCCGUGAUGAACGCCGUGGCACCGAGGAGCGACCGAAAGAAGCUCGUAACACUGGUCCUGACGCUGACGGUUGGCAGGACGUCAAACAUCGUUAAAUUGCUGACAGACCAUGUUGUCUUUUAAUAAAUACGCAGGUCACUUCAAAUAUUCUAACAAAUUUACAGAAACUUAGUUCAUAGCACGGAAUACUUUUUUUAUAUUCAGUUAUUUUUUGUUUGUUUUUGAGCUAGCUUUGUUAAGCCUUUGAUUUUUAGUUGGGUAGUUUCGAAUAACACAAACAAUAAACUCAAAAUAUUUUACGCCGAUAUUCAUAGCAUCAAGGCAAAUGGUAAACGAAUAAAUGGUAACUGGAGGAAUGUUUAGUUUUUGUUGCAUGUGAAUUGAAAAAAAAAACAACUACAAACUUUAAUACACACAAACUUGAUUAGAUGAAACAUCGUUAUCUAGCUACUGGAAGAUACUGUUUGAAGAUUUGAAAGUAUACCCCUUUAUAACUUGCGGAAAUAUUCAAGCUCCAAGUAUAUUAUUCUAACAAAUCAUUCAAUAAAGGAAUAAAUAGCAUAUGAA